AUGUCUGGAGCAUUUUCUAGCUGGCAUCUUUUAAAGCCAAUCAUAAAUUGGCUAAUGUUACUCACUUUGUUAAGAGUCAGUUUUGCAUCUACAGAUCCAGAUGUUGAAGGCGAAGCAUUGAUCGAUUUGCUUAGGGCACUGAAUGAUUCCAGUGGCCGAAUAACAGAUUGGAAUUAUAAUCUCGUUAGCCCCUGUUUUAGCUGGUCUCAUGUCACUUGUAGAAAUGGAAAUGUCAUAUCCCUGAGCCUGGCAUCAAAUGGAUUUUCUGGAACGCUUUCUCCUUCGAUUACUAAACUGAAAUUUUUGGCUAGCCUGGACUUCCAGGAUAAUAGUCUAACAGGCCUGUUACCCAUUUAUCUUGCCAACAUGACACAUCUACAGAAUCUAAAUCUUGCAAACAAUAAUUUCAGAGGUCCUAUACCCAAUACCUGGGGUCAACUGUCCAAUUUAAAGCAUUUGGUAUUGAGGGGUAACCACAUAUCUGGACAUAUUCCGGAUUCACUUUCAAAUAUAAGUGGGUUGACUGAACUGGAUCUUUCAUCGAAUGAGUUAACCGGAAGAGUUCCAAUGCAAUUCUUUACAAUUCCAAAAUUCAAUUUUACAGGAGCACGUCUUGCUUGUGGUUCUAGCUUGAAGCAGCCUUGUGCUUCUGGCUCUGUUCUCCGAGUUUCAACCGAGAAAUCAAAACUUGGAACGGUUAUAACUUCGGCAAGUUGUGGUGUAACAGUAAUUCUUUUGAUUGGGGCUCUUUUCGCUUAUCGAUAUUAUCGCACGCACAAACUAACAAAUGAUGUCUUUGUUGAUGUUACAGGUGAAGAUGAGUGCAAAAUUUCCUUUGGCCAGUUAAGAAGAUUUUCUUGGCGUGAAAUUCAGCUUGCUACAGAUAACUUCGAUGAAAGCAACAUAAUUGGACAAGGAGGCUUUGGAAGAGUUUAUAAAGGUGUCCUCUCAGACAAUGUAAAGGUUGCAGUGAAACGCCUUACAGAUUAUAACAGUCCUGGUGGAGAGGCUGCAUUCUUGAGAGAAGUACAACUCAUUAGUGUUGCAGUUCACAAGAAUCUUUUACGGUUGAUUGGAUUUUGUACAACUUCAUCCGAGAGAAUCCUUGUUUAUCCAUUCAUGAAAAAUCUUAGUGUUGCGUAUCGCUUGAGAGAUUUAAAACCUGGUGAGAAAGGCUUGGACUGGUCAACAAGGAAACGCAUCGCUUUUGGUGCAGCCCAUGGCUUAGAGUAUUUACAUGAGCAUUGUAAUCCUAAGAUUAUACACCGUGACUUAAAGGCUGCAAACAUUCUUCUAGAUGAUAAUUUUGAGCCCGUUCUUGGAGAUUUUGGGCUAGCAAAGCUGGUUGAUACAAAUCAACUCACGUUACCACUCAAGUGCGUGACUGAUGUUUUUGGAUAUGGUAUCACACUUCUCGAACUUGUCACUGGUCAGCGUGCUAUAGAUUUUGCUCGGCUUGAAGAAGAGGAGGAUGUUCUUCUGCUUGAUCAUAUCAAGAAGCUGCAGAGAGAAAAUAGGCUUGAUGACAUUGUGGAUGGAAACAUGAAGAUGCACGAUCCAAAAGAGGUUGAGACUGUCAUUCAGGUUGCAUUGCUUUGCACUCAAAGCUCACCCGAGGACCGUCCGACAAUGGCACAAGUGGUUAGAUUGCUGCAGGGAGUGGAUCUAGCAGAGAGAUGGGCAGAGUGGGAGCAGCUUGAGGAUGUAAGGAAUCGCGAAUUCUCACUCCUGUCUCAUCACCAGUUUGCCUGGGCUGAAGAGUCUACACAUGAUCAAGAAGCUAUACAAUUGUCCAAGGCAAGAUAG